GUCGGAGGGCUGUGGUGCAAUUCCUCAAUUUAAACUUGUUAUGCAAAGACAGCAGCUCCGGCAUAUUUUCCCUGAAACUGUAGCUGUGUGUAAUUAGCCUCCGAGGUUCUCGGGGCGGGGUCGAACGUGUCGCUCACGGGUUUCUCUCUCUCUCUCUGUCGUCUUCCACAGGAGCUCGCCCUGAGGAACCAGCUGCCGACCAGUAUGGAGCAAGAUGGCAGCACGAACCCAGUGUCCUCUCCCAUGGCCCAGGACGCCCGCACCAUGACUGCCAACAGCUCCGACCCAUUCCUCAACAGCGGGACUUACCACUCCAGGGACGAGAGCACAGACAGCGGCUUGAGUAUGAGCAGCUACAGCGUCCCUCGCACUCCAGACGACUUCCUCAACAGCGUGGAUGAGAUGGACACAGGGGACUCUCUUCCGCCCUCCAUGGGGUCGCAGCCCAGCCGCUUCCCCGACUACCUGGACGCCAUCCCGGGGACGGACGUGGACCUGGGCACCCUGGAGGGGGAGAGCAUGGCGGUGGAGAGCGAGGAGCUGAUGCCCAGUCUUCAGGAGGCGCUGAGCUCCGACAUCCUCAACGACAUGGAGUCCGUGCUGGCCGCUACCAAGAUCGACAAGGAGAGCUUCCUCACAUGGUUAUAGAAGGCCCGGGGCGGGGGGUGCUACCCUUCCUCCUCUCUCUACACUCUCGAACUGCUGCCUGCUCUGAUCUGUGAAGGAGUCCUAGAAGCCUUUUUUACAAGACGUUUCAGCGAGGGCUCUCUGGACGUCUGUCUCGGGGCCAGAACCUCCUUUUUAAAUUUCUCCGAGGCAGCGUCGCUCUGUUCUUCUUCUUCUUCUCUUCACUGGUGUGUCGUCUCUUUUUACUUUUUGUCUGUGUCUUCAAGGCUGGCCCAUGAACAGACAAUUUACGCAAGGGUCCCCGAAUCUUUCACAGCUCUGUCCGUGAAUCUAGGGCAUCGCCACCUAGGGCAGGGGUCGCCC